AAAAGACAUAAUUUUUAUAAAAUUAAAUUGCAUGAUGAGAGUAGUUCUGCUAACAUUGUUGCUAUUAACUUGAGUCUUUCAGAUAUUAUUUGUACUACCAAUUGUUAUUACCUGUGUGAUAUUUACAACAUGGACAAGACAGAAGUGCUUCUGUUACCAAAAAAUACAAUAUCAAAAAUACAACCUAUAGAUGCUAGUAUAAUCACAUCCUUUAAGCUCUAUUAUUAUCACUUACAACUUCAGCAUACAAUAGACCAUGAUGAAGCUAGGGAACAAGAUAUUUACAAA